AUGUGCCCUCCUAAGACACACCUGGUGCUGCAGCUUGGGGGUGGCCAGAGAGAGAAGAGCAGGUGGGGAGGAAGAGUGCGGCUGGAAUGCCUGCAGGGUGCGAACAGCUAUGGACAACUUGGUCUUGGUCAUAGAGAGGAUGUACUGGUACCUCAGUCACUGAAAGAUGUUUGCUGUAAGUCGCAAGGCUUUAAAAGCAUUACGGGAGGAGGAGGCCACUCAGCGGUUGUCACUGAUGCUGGAGAACUUUUUGUAUGUGGCCACAACAAAGAAGGACAGUUGGGUUUGAAUCACUCGGAGGAUGUGCUGCAUUUCACUUUGUGCACUGCCCUGUCUGGCUUCUGUGUGACAGAGGUUGCUUGUGGUUGGGACUUUACAAUCAUUUUAGUAGGAACUGGCCUAGUUCUCUCCUGUGGGUCUAACUCUUUUGGACAAUUAGGAGUUCCUCAAAUUUCAGGUCCCUGCUUGAUUCCACAAAAGAUUGAGGCCCUGAAAGAGAAGGUGGUGGCUGUUGCUGCAGGACUGAGGCAUGCCCUUGCUGCUACAGAGAGUGGUUUGGUGUUUCAGUGGGGAGCUGGCAUGGCCUCUCGGGCAAGGCGUGCAAGCCAAGGAAAAACUCUGCCUCUCUUCUUGACAGCAAAGGAGCCCUGUGAAGUGACAGGGUUGGAAGAUGUGAAAGUGAAGAGAGUUGCUGCAAGCUCCUACCAUUCAGUGUCACUCACAGAUGAGGGAUGCCUGUACGUCUGGGGAAGCAACAAGCAUGGGCAGCUAGUGAGCAAAGAGAUCUUUCUUCUUGUGCCCAAGAAGAUAGAGACUCUUUUUUUCUCACAUGAAAAAGUUACAGCUGUUUGGAGUGGAUGGACACACUUAGUGGCACAAACAGAAACUGGCAGGGUAUUCACCUGGGGCAGAGCAGACUAUGGGCAGCUUGGAAGGCGUGCGGUGGCUCCCGAUGGACAGGAGGCGUGCAGAGCAUCUGAACAGCCCUUGGAGCCGUUAUGUAACAUCCCGACUUCAGUGCCUUGCCUUGAUGGAGCAUCUCAGUUCUACCAGGACCACCACUGA